AUGUGGAAUGAUAUUAUGAAAAAAUCUGAAUCAUUUAUGAUUAGUGUGCUUGUGAACGAACACAUGUUUGAUAUUAAAGAGCAUAACAUAGCAGUGAUUAAAGAAGAUGUUCAGUUUAUGGUAUCUUUUAGUAAAAUCACAGCUGCUUGCAUAUCACUAUAUAUGAGGUUUUUUUAUACAAUACUUGUGGAGAAUGAAAGAAUGCAUUUAUUUACAUUUUUUGAGCCUCAACUUUUAGCUGCAAUACUAGGGAGAACACCUGAUGAUAAAGCUAGAGAUCUUGCAAAAAGAUUUGGAGAAAUUAUACCAGGACAAGUACUCAUGGCAGCCUUUAAUGAUGGGAGACAUUGGAUGCUCUUGUUGAUUGACGUAUCUAAAGAGAUAGUAUACUUUUUUGAUCCCCUUGGAGGCUACAUUCCUCAAGAUUGUAAGAAUGUUGUAGGAAUGUAA